AGGACCUCCAACGGCGGCGAUUGCUGAGGGGACUCCAAAGACGAUGAGCGGCUGUUGUUGCGUCCCGCUCUAUUUUUCUCGCUGUUGCGUGCCUGCCGCCUUCGAGACGAGCCAUCCGAUAAUUCAUCCUCUGUCCCGGAUGGUGAUGAAGAGUGGACGGCAAAAGAAAAGCCCCCCCGCGCUACGCGCCAGCCUUGUGGUUGCGGUGUCUGCGUCUUCUCCCAACAGCUAUCCCCGUGCAACCGCGCAGUAGCACGUGUUUGUGGCAACACGUCCUUGUUGUACGGGAUGAUGGCGGUAGAGGUGCCUCGCUCGAACACUGGCGGUCGGUGGCGUAUCUGCUGAAGGCCCAGCGCACCACACAGCACCAGCAUCGCCCGCAAAGCUCCGGCAGGUGACAGCAACAUGACCACUGCGUUCCCUUGUUGAGUCCUCUACUUCAAGCAGAUCUGUAGCAGCUCAGUGUUGCUGGUCUGUCUGUCUGUUGUUUGGGCACACCCACCAGACGACAUACCAUUGAAUUUAUAUGCUGGUGGAUCGACACGCGUCGCGACUUGGCCACAACCACGAGACCACGAGGGCUACACACAACAUGCACAGGACAAGUUAUUGCUUUGACGAACGCGACCACCCACUGGCCAAGUUGC